GGAGUGGAGACGCGUCGAGGGCGCGCCGGGCGCCGUCGCUCAUCGCCGCUCGGAGGCUUGGGAACAGGAGGGAUCGAUUCCGCCCUCGAUCCUGCCGCCGGGAGCUGCCUGGACCUCGCCUGUCUUGCAAGCCCGACCCUUCUUCCCCAGCUUGGAGGCGCUCUGCACAUGCUCAGAGGGAGACUCGCCUGCCCAAGGGUUUUUCUGCAGGGAGGUGCAAGGAGCACGCCGGAAGAAGAGGCUGGGAUAAAGAAGGAAGGGGCUGCGUAGUUCAGGGGUUUGCAUGCACAAGAAGGUCCCGAGUUCGAGUCCUGACAUCUCCAGCACCUCCCACGCCAUUUGUCGCUGCCGCCACCACGAUUCCCUUGUCUCGCUUUUGGCAUGAGCAGCAGCUGACGUAGCCUUUUCAGACCGCCCCAGCCCAGCCUGUGCCCCGGCGAGAGCCCCUGGGGAUGUACAACGAGAGCAGCCUGCAGGUUGCGAUGGAUUACGUCGGCGACAACGACACGUUGCCCGAGUACCCUCUGCACCUCUUCCCCGCGCCUCUCCUCACCGGCGUCACCAUCACCUGCGUGCUCCUCUUUGUGGUCGGGAUCCUGGGCAACGUGAUGACGAUGCUGGUGGUCUCCAGGUUCCGGGACAUGCGGACCACCACCAACCUGUACCUGUCGAGCAUGGCUUUCUCGGACCUCCUGAUCUUUCUCUGCAUGCCCCUGGACCUCUUCCGCCUCUGGCAGUACCGGCCCUGGAACCUCGGCGACCUCCUGUGCAAGCUCUUCCAGUUUGUCAGCGAGAGCUGCACGUACUCCACCAUCCUCAACAUCACGGCCCUGAGCGUGGAGAGGUAUUUGGCCGUCUGCUUCCCGCUCUGGGCCAAGGUGGUCGUCACCAAGGGCAAAGUCAAGCUGGUCAUCCUGGUGCUGUGGGCCGUAUCCUUUGCCAGCGCCGGGCCCAUCUUCGUCUUGGUCGGGGUCGAGCAUGAGAACGGGACCAACCCGUCGGACACCAACGAGUGCCGGGCCACGGAGUACGCCAUCCAGUCGGGGCUGCUGACCAUCAUGGUGUGGACCUCGAGCGUCUUCUUCUUCCUGCCCGUAUUCUGCCUGACCGUCCUCUACAGCCUCAUCGUGAGGAAGCUCUGGAGGAGGAAGAAGAAGGACAUCGGGCCCAAGACAUCCAUCCGGGACAAGUACAACCGUCAGACGGUGAAAAUGCUAGCGGUGGUGGUCUUUGCUUUCAUCCUUUGCUGGUUGCCUUUCCACCUCGGACGUUACCUGUUUUCCAAAUCCUUUGAGGACGGAUCCUUGGAAAUAGCCGUCAUCAGCCAAUAUUGCAACUUGGUGUCUUUUGUCCUUUUCUACCUAAGUGCCGCCAUCAACCCAAUCCUGUACAACAUCAUGUCCAAGAAAUACCGGAAGGCGGCUUACAGGCUCUUCGGCAUCAAGACACACAGGAAGAAAAGGCUGUCGGGGUUGAAGGAGGGAGGGUCUCGAGUGUGGGCAGAGUCCAGUGUCAGACAAACAUGACGCCGCCGACCGGACCUAGCCGUCACCUAAAGCCACAAUAGAAGGGGAAAUAUAUUCAGGUUAAAGGAGCUCCCUGGUAGAC